AGCACAGCACAAUCCCGAAAAAUCGUUCGACAUAGGAUUUCAGGAUUGGUAGUGUUUGUCGGACACUUCUUAUAGCGGCAAAAUGCCUUUGUAUUACAGCCUUAUUGCGAGAGGGGGCACUAUUCUUGUAGACUAUGCAGAGACGACGGGGAAUUUUCAACAAGUUACAUACACUAUACUGGAGAAGAUUCCUGGCAAUGACACAAAAUGUACCUACGUCUCGGGAAGUUAUCAAUUCCAUGUGAUUGUGGAGGAUGGUUUAGUCUACCUAUGUAUGGCUGACAAGGAGUUUGGCAAAAAAGAUCCUUAUGCAUUCCUUGAAGAAAUCAAAAGAAGGUUUAGUAAUAGCAGUCUUAAAGCCAGAGCCAGAACAGCUCAAUCAUUUGAAUUCAAGAGAGAUUUUGCACAAGUCCUUGCCACACAGAUGGCCUUGUACUCUGACCCAGGAAGAGCUGGUGGUGAUGCUAUUAACAAGGUCCAGCGAGAAGUUGACGAAGUAAAAGAUGUCAUGACCAAAAAUAUUGAAAAAGUCCUUGAGAGAGGAGAGCGGAUCGAUAUCUUGAUGGAUAAAGCCGAAACCUUAGACAAUAGCGCCCAGACCUUCCAGAGGCACUCUUCGCGCCUGCGCAAGAAGAUGUGGUGGCAAAACACCCGGAUGUGUAUCAUCCUAAUCUUCGUGUUGCUCAUCAUCGUCGCUAUCAUCGUGCUUAUUGCGUUGGGCGCCGAGGGCAAGCUAUGAAUCUUAUAAAACAAGAUUUUAAAACCCUCUUCAUGACAUAUUUAGGGAACAAAGACAACGGCAAAGGCGGGGGUGACGUGAUGACCCAAAAAUGCUAACAUGCUCAUUGUUAUCUUUGUGAACGUACGUUCUAAUUAGGGACCUUAAAUACCGACUCAGUAAAAAAAUCCAUUUCCAUCGGCUAAUUCAAGCAUAUGACUGAAAAACUUUCAAAAAGAAAUCGUUAACAAGGUAAUAAACUUCAAUCGUGGGCGGUUAUUUUGAAGUUUCUUGCAAAUAAACCGGUAUAUUUUCAAA